AAAAAAAAUUAAAGAAGUUUUAACUAAAUAUCUCACUUAUUGAUCCCUAGAAAGAUUUAUUUACAAUUAUUUUUUGUAUAUGUAUACAAACAUACACACUAAUGCAUAACAAGUGAGUGAGACGAAACGAAAAAAAAAAAACAGUGGCCAAAGUAAUCAAAUCAAAAACUAGCUCUUAAUACAUUUUCCUAAACUUUUUCUUUCGAUCGCAUCGACGAUUCACUUAUUAAUUUUAUUCCUACCAUUAUUGUGGCAUGCACGUGAAUAAAUGAAAACGAAAUUUUAAACAAAAAAUAUAAAAAGAAAAUAAAUUUCCAACACAAAUAUAUAAGUUCGAUACGGGGUCAAUAUAAAAGUGCUAAGUUAAAUUUAAAAAAAGUUGCCAAGCAAAACAAAAAAGGGGCAUUUGGCCCCGACUUUUUUUUUUAAAAGAAAACUAUGAGAAUAAAAUUGAAAAUUGUUUAAUUUGCUUAACACACAUGCAUACACAAUUGUAAACAAUGUAAAAAAAAGUGACUGAGGUACGAAAGUGAAAUAUAAAUUGGUUGAACAUGUUAUUUUCCGUUUAAUUCAUGACAAUUUCAAACAAGUGAACAUACACCAAACACACCAAAAAUAAAAACGAAUCCACUAACAUUCAAUUAUUACAUACACACAUAUAAAAUAGUCGAAUUAUUAUUUUGUGAUCCAUCAACGUGUGGCAGACAAGUAUUUGAUCCCAAAGUCAUUCAUUGCAAUCAGAUAAUAAGUAGCACUUUGAUUGACAACUAUUCAGCUCAGGACGCGUCACAAAUAUAAAGGAACUUAAUUCAAUAGAUUAUUUUGUGCAAAUAAAGUUUUACGCCAACUUUAUUUCAAAGACGGAUACCUUCAACAACGUAAUCCUUCAAUGGCUGCUGUAAAUUCGGUUCAAGGAGGUUUGCGACUUCCUUUGGCCGGUAUCGCAUCACCAAGACUGUUGAUGUGUAGCGCAUCAAUGGGUGCAGAAGGUUCGGUAACACUUCAGUUACGUGAGGCAGUUGAGGCUCCCGAUUCAAGUGGACAGUCUGAUACGACCGCAUUGACGAUUGGCUAUCCAGAGACAGAUCUUUUGGCUGACAUACAAGGAUCAAUACAGGCUACAGUCGGUAGUGUAGUCAGUAAAAACUCGGUGCAAAGCAAUGGCACCGUUACCGUUACAACUGUGCCAGUCACAACGACCAACGGCAACAGCAACAUCAAUGUGAAUCGCAACCAAUCAUCGAAUACAAACGUUAAGGAAAAUGUGGUAACCACCGCUCAAAAUAAAACAACAACAAUCGCAUCAUCAGCAGUAGCGGUGACAGUGGCAACGGUAAAAAAGUCCAGGCCGAAAACAUCAUCACCAACACGACACGGACCUCAACAAUGCCAAGUAUGCAGCAAAGUGUUCGGUAAUGCGUCUGCUUUGGCAAAACAUAAGCUUACUCAUAGCGAUGAACGAAAGUAUGUGUGUGGCAUGUGUUCAAAAGCAUUUAAACGACAAGACCAUUUAAAUGGUCAUAUGCUGACUCAUCGUAAUAAAAAGCCGUACGAAUGUAAGGCAGAAGGUUGUGGUAAAUCCUAUUGCGAUGCACGAUCGUUAAGACGACACACUGAAAAUCAUCACAAUACGGUGGCAACGGCUCCAACUACGCCAAAUCAAUCGAUUUCAUCAACAGGACCUCUGGGUGGCUUGAGUUUGUCGCCAGCAACCGCAAGCGGUGAUGCAAGCUCUCCGCAUGGUUCUAAUUGUUUGCAAUUUAAUGGUAAUGGAGUAGGAGGAGAUGGAUCGAAAUCACCGAGCUUACCAGCUGCUACUAGUAAUGAAGGGCUGUCACGUCAACAGCUUGAGCUCAUUAGUCAGAUUAUGCAACAAACAAAACCAAACGUGAGUCUCACUUCAGCCAACCAACAAAAUGGUCAAAAAUCCAUUCCGCGCCCAAGAACCUGGAACAUUCAGACUCAACUGCAACAAACCCAAACGAAAUCUGAAGUUGAAACGAUAAACACAACAUCAAACGCAACUACAACACUACAAUCAACGGCCAAUGGGAAUACGGUGAAGACGGAACAAAAACCCGUUGAAUGCAAUUUAUGCCAUCGAAAGUUUAAAAAUAUACCAGCUCUUAAUGGUCAUAUGCGUUUGCAUGGUGGAUAUUUCAAGAAAGAUGCCGAAGCGAAAAAAUGUGAUAAAAAAGAGACACCUGGGCCACCGUUGCAAACAGCAAGCGUUGGCAUUCGGGCUCUCAUCGAGGAAAAAAUCAUAAGCAAGCGAGGAAAAGACAUACUCAAAAAUUCAUUUGCAGUACCUGCACCGCCAACAUUAUCACGUCGUUUAAUCGAUGCGGAUAAUUUUGUGGCACCAAAAACAUUGACUACAACGAACGUUGUGACGCCGAGCCAAAUAUCAAAUGCCAUCACGUCGAUUCCAGUGUGCCAAACAACAACCAUGACAAAUGUGACCCCAACGACAAUUGCCAAGAAUAUUCAGUUGAGCACGAAUUUAAAUAAACAGAAUUCUAUUGAAACAAAAGAUGCAACACUCAUUGAAUUACUAAAACGCGGUACAAAAGUGGCGGUCAAAUGUAAUUCAAAUGAUACGAAUGGUAGUACGCUGACAUUUAAAUCAAAUGCAACACAACAGACAACAACAACAGGAGCAGCAACAACAACGGUUCUAUUGCCAACAAAUGUGACCGUAUCCAGUCCGGUUACGCCAACUACAAGUCCAUUGGGCAUAUCAUUGUCAAAUAAUUCCGUGAAAAACACUCCACUUGCACUAACCAUUUCACAAAAUGCAAAUGGAUCAAGCGACGUGUACACGUUAGCCUAUUCAACUGAUGCGACAUCGACAUUCUUCAAUGAAAAUGAUGUGUAUAAUGUACCAGAUACAGCGAUGCUUUUGCAAGCAGUCGAUUCCAUUCAACUCUUACAAAAUUCCAGUGGUUCGUCGCAGCUUGGUGACAUUUCAACUAUUGGCGAAUAUGCAUUGGCCGAUGGCGGUGAUCUGAACGAUACAAAUAUUCUAUCACAAUAUACACCAUCGCGACAAAUUCAGGCUGUGCUAAAUUCACCGUUACCGGAAAGUUUGGCCGAAUUUAGCACACUUCAUUCCAAAGAUUUUGUGCUCUAUGGCACCGAAAGUGAAAAUGAUGAUUCACCAACGGCACACACAUCGAAUUCAUCGUUGCCCACAUCACCGCUAUCUUAUCCAACACCGCCAGCCAGCCAUGAAGGAAUUACACAAUCGUCACCGUUCCUUGAUGAUACUCAUCAUUUUGGCGAUGCCAAUUCUAUAUUUGAUGAUAAGAAAAAUAUUAGCUUCCUCGAUGAAAAUGGAUUAUUCAAAGACAUUAAAGACACACGACUCAGCGAUUGUGAGCAAAUUUUAAAAUUAAAACAUGAGCUUUUCAACGACACCAAAGUUGUGAUGGACGAUACAUUGUAUUUUAAGAGUGAAAUUAAAAAUGAAUAUAAUUCCAAGAGCGAUUUAGCCAAUGCAAAUAAUCACACCGAAAAUAUCGACGAGUUUAAUCAAAACCUAUCGUUUCUUGAUGAAUCACGAAAUUUCCUUGUCGACAGCCGCAAUCCAUCGUCACCAUUGUCGGCUGCAUUUUUUACCAGCACCAUGUCAAGCGCUGAAGAAGUAAAAGAAGCACUCCAAGAAGUGUUGCCUAACGAAAGUAUUGCAUGUGAACAGAAUAACGACAUUGAUUUGUAUUACUUACCAUCGGCCGCAUUUCAGUCACAAAUGAUGCUCAACUCUGACGAUCCAUUGUUAUCAUCAUCGCCAAAGGAUUUUAUCAUUAAACAUCCCAUAAAUCGGUUCGAAUUCGAAUCGGGAUCCAGUGCAAAAAAGCAAAAACUUGAUGGUGGCGGUUGUGUUAAUAUAGAAAAAAGUAAAAUACUCAUUACAAAUCAAACGGAAAAAAUGCACACCGAGACCUUUUUGAGCCCGUCCAAUUUACCGAUAAAUGCACCAACAACCGUUGCAAAUUCAACCACUAACAGCACUACAACUGAAUUCACACAGCCCGCACAUCAAGUUAAAGAAAAUAUUCAAUGCUAUGCAAAGAGUUCACAGAUGAAUGUUCGACGAAAUAUCGCAUAUAAAUCGAUUUUACGAAAAGCAUCGGCUCCAUACUAUACACCAUCACCCAUUCUUGAUCCAAAACGAAUUGCGCCCGGUUUGUAUGCAGAAGUAUCGAAGGAUACAUCCGAAGAUAUGAUUGAUUUUGAAUUUGCCGAAAGUGCAUGUGUUCCGGAGUUUACCAGAAAGUUUAAAGUAAACAUUGGUUCGGAUUUUCAAGCCAUAAUUCCAUCAACGGAAACAGCAAAAUCAGCUUAUGAAAACGACAAAUCGGAGAGAGAGCUGCCGUUGUGGAAGCCAAAUGUGUUACAAAACGAAAAGCAAAUUCAGCGUUUCGUUGAAUUGGCCAAAUCGAGUGCAGUUCCAUUAGCGUGUCAUUCGGAAGAGAUGGCAUUAAAAGCGUUGCUCAAUGCAAACGGUGAUAUUCCAAAUGCAAUUUUGAAAAUGUUACAUGAACCACCAUCGUCUAUUCAUAAUCGUUGGCAACCGCAAGAAGUUGAAACUUUUCUUAAUGGCCUUGAAACGCACGGAAAGAACUUUUACAAAAUUUCCAAAGAGAUUCCAUCGAAAACGACUGGCGACUGUGUACAAUUUUACUACUUUUGGAAAAAGCUUUGCGUUCAUUAUAAAAGCACUCACUUGAGUUCCGAACUAUUCAAUUCGGCGGAUGGAAAUUCGAUAAAUGCCACAAAUCAACAAGAAGCUCGUCCGCAUGUUUGUGAAAUGCCAGAUUGUUCAGCAAGCUUCACAUCGAAAGCAGCGCUGCACGGUCACACACGAAUUCAUUGCAUUGGACGGGGAAACACAUUUCCAUCUAGCACGGUCAACGGACAAAGUUUGUCAGGUACUUCAAUUGCUUUAAUCACACAGGAAGAUAUACCCUGCAAAGUGUUUCCCUGUAAGGUUUGCGGAAAGGUAUUUAAUAAAGUAAAGAGCCGUAGCGCACACAUGAAAUCACAUCGAGCACAAGAGAUGGAAGCGAGCACCAAUUGAAAUCUGAAAACGUAAUGUUUUGCAUUGGAACUCAAUGAUGAUAGCUGCUGUAUUGACCAAAGCUGAACAAAAAAAGAAACAUGUUGGAGGCCUAAUAUUAAACAUAAAAAUCGUAGCAUAGUUGCACAUUUUUACGAAAUUAAAUAUUAUGUAUUGACACAGCGGCACGCACGCAUACACAUAGAAACUCUUCUUACCAUAAACAUUUAAAUUGGAUAGCGUUCGAUUUCCGUAAAAACGUUAAACAACUUCAUUUUAGCAUACUUAUAUUCUUGAAAAAAUUGACAAUCUGUUUUAUUUCUUUUAUAAGGUGAAUGAAAUAAUAAUAAUAACAAAACAUUUUAUUAAUAUUCUACUCAAGCAAGGUAACAAAAUGAAGACGAAAAAAACCACUCAUUAUAAAAACUGAAUGAAAAAUUAAAAUGAAAAUAUUAUAUAAAUCUAACUAAAAAUUAGUAACAGUAUUGUACAGUGAAAAUGUAUUUUUUUAAAGAAAAAGAAAAUCAUCAGUAAAUUAUGAGUGAACCCAUUUUGCCCCAGUAUUAUUCCAAAGUUUGUUGAAAGCACUUACCAACAAACGGCAAACAUAAAAUGUCGAAAGAGUUUCUGAAUUUGAAUUUGAACUGUAUGCAAUAGCCGAUAGAUAUUUUCGUGUUUUGUGAUGUGUUUUUUUAAACAAAAAAAAAAUAUUUUACUAGUCCAAUACAAUGUGAAUCGGCACACAUACAUGGUAUCGAAAGCCAACGUAGAAAAUUGAACGUAACCCAGUAGGUCUUGUAGGUUUUGCAAAUGUGAAUACCACAUCGCAUAUACUGUCUAAUGUAUGCAGUGUGAUGGAAAUUGACAGUGACUAUUUGAAUUAAUUUGCAAUAAAUUGUGUUAACUAACAUCAAUUGUGUUAACUAUGAUAUAAUUUCGUCUCAAGUGUGAUGCAGUCUAUCUAUCUCUCUCACACAGAGAGAGAAUAAAACACACACAUACACAAAAUUUAACUCAAUAUAAAUAUUUUAAAUGUAAUUGUAGAUCAAAGAAAUCAUGGUUGUUCUUUAGAACUUAAGUGUUGGUUGUCGUUUAUGUCUUAAAUUUAUAAUACAAUGAAAUUAAAGAUAAUUAAAAAUAAAAGAUUGUGAAAUGAUGAAAACCAAGAAUAAUAUGCCAAAUUAUUAGAGGCUUAUGCAGAAAAUAAUAUUAAGUAAAUCAAACAACAACAAAAAAAAAGAUAUAACUGCAUCAUUGUUUAAAACAGAAAUCUAUAAAUAUUUUCUAUUCAAGUGACUUUUUAAAUUCUAUUCAAUGAAAACGAAAUUGACGAGUUGAACGACGAAUUGGGCAAUUUCAGAAAAAAAAUAGAUAGGUAGAUAGUGACCGAGAUAAAUUGGCUGAAAGCGAAUGAAGAACGAAAUGUAAUGCCAAAAACUUCCUGGUUCCAAACUACACAGUUUUACAAUCUGCUAUAGCAAUAAAAAUGCUAUAAUAAUGAGUUGAAAUCAUCUUAUUUUAUCUCUUAUUAUACUAAAUAUAUUAUUUAUUAAAUCGAAACAAAUUGAUAAUUAAAUAAUAAGCUUAGACAAUGCUGUCGAACAUGUCAUUGAUGAUCGAUGAGAGGAAAGAAUGAUUUAAACAGCAAACUACACACAUCAAAUUGUGGCAAUAAUUUUUACAUAAUGUAAUUUUUUGCAAUUAAUGAUCAAAUCCUCCAUUGGUCUUCUUCGAGCGCGCAAUUUCCAUAUUUAAUAAUGUGAAUGAUGAAAAAAUGGGAAAUUGGUUUUUUUUUUUUUCAUUCGUUCGCACAUAUGUAUAAAUGUAGUGGUAUAAAAUGUGAAUGUAAAUGUGUUUUAUUCAAUAGAAAAGGAAAAAUCAUCGUUCUCAUUGCAAAUAUAAACUCAAAAUGCAUUACACAUUGUUUUUUCUGGGUAGAGAAUGAUCAUGAAUCAAUUUCAAUCAAAAAAAAUUUAAAAUAAAGUUACAGAAAAUCUUUCUAUAUUUUUAGACUUUAAAACUGCUCUUUGAUAAUCCAUGCACAUACACAAACAUUCUGAAAAUAUGUCAGCGCCAACUUUUUUGAACGAAUUCAAGUGAAAAUGUGCUUUGAGCUCAUCCUGUAAAUAGUGAAACGUUGAAAGAAAGAAUUUUUUUUAUAUCUUUCAAACUGUGGUCUUCAUUCGGUUGUUUUCGUUUUUACUUUCUAUAUUCCUAGAUAUUCUUUAACUUCUCCUAAACGAAUAAAAAAGCGCCUAAUUAAUACAAAAUGCAGCAUAAAAGAUUAUGAUAUUUUAGAAUUUAUUGAAUUCAUUCGAAGAAAAUGAUAUCCAAAGACAAAAAUCAUACACGUUCGUGCAAAACUGUAGAUGGCGGUGUGUAUGUUUCUGUUAUUAUUAUUAGCCCAAAUAAAAAAAACAACCACAACAACAGAUUAUUGUGUCGAUUGUAAAAUCUAUUGUGUGAUUGGCACAGCAAUUAUAUAAAUUAUAAUAAUAAAAUGAUUAAUUUUUCCUCUUUCUCGAUUGGAUAUGAUGCAGUAGAUAAAUUUUUAACUCAUAAACUCGAGUGAUUCUUUUAUAUAGUGAAAUUAUAUAGUUAACUGCCAUUGCACAUUUUCUUUACAAUGAGAAAAUUUAACGAAUUAAAAAAGACAACACUGGGAACGAGAUCGUCCGUAAUCCAUUCGGACACACACAAGCAAUGCAGUUAAAACCAAAAAAACUAAUCAAAAAAAUACAACAACAAAAUAUUUAAAUAUUUAAUUAAAUGUCUAUUUAUUAUAAGUGAGAUAAGAUUUAUAAUCACAAUUUUUCAGCGUUGGACAAAAGCCAAAAUGAAAACUACGUUUUUAGCAUAAGAAUGAGAAAUAUGAGAAUUGAAUUAAUAUUUGUUGACUAUUUUCUAUAAGGAUCUACGCUAUCGCCUAAAUCGAUAAUCAAAUCUACAAGUGUACAGUGUACAUUCAUACACAAACUAUGAGUAGAUUGCGCUUUCUAUCUAAAAAGCCGUAUGCAAAGCCAAGUCGUCUUAAUUCUUCUCUCUUUGUAACAGAAAAAAAACAAAACAAAUAAGAAUGAACAGGAUAUUUGGAUUUUUAAUACGGUAUAAAAUAUAUGUGUGUGAUUUAGAGAAUAUGUGUUCUGUUAAGACAUCGGAUUUAUGCGUAUCGCUUUAAUUCCGUCUCUGAAUGUUAAUCGAUUCAUUCGAAUCGAGAAAUGAGAAAUAAAAACACAAAGGUUUGCAUUAAGCGCUCGACGGCAAUUAAAUGCUAGAAUGGAAUGAACUAAAGUGGAUAUGAUGUAAAAUACUCCGAAAUCUGACACGCUCAUCGUUGUAGCUUCUUAGCAUGUUCAAUGACAUUUGGUUACAUACGAAUAUAUCGGUCAAUUUUCGAUGUCAUAGUGCUAACUGCUAACAUCCACUUUUAUUCAAUCUAUUGUACGUAUAUAUAUAUAUUUGGUAUGAUCAAAUUUUGGUAUGAAAUGUAAUUUACCUGAAUAUAUGGCUUCACAUGGCACAAAAUGAAUGUGAUCCAUCAUAAAUAUGUAGAAACUUUUUUACGUAAUUAAAACUCUUUACGUUCAUUUUCUGCACUGUGCUAACUUUUGAUACAUUCAACUAAAGAAACUAAACUUGUCACAUAACAAUCAAGAAGCAUUUUCAAUGGAAAAACAAAAAAUAUGUAGAAAAAUAGCAUGAACGAUGCCAUUAGAUUAAAACAAUGACAAGGCACUUCAUGGGCAUCUUUGACUCAGUAUUUACUUUCGAUUUUAAGAAGAAAAUACCUUUGGUUUAAUUCCCUUUUGAAUGAUACUCGAAAUCGAUUUUUGUUUAAAUUAAAAAGAAAAAAACAGAAUUUUGCAGUUUUCUCAAAAUACGUUCUUGCUAAUUCACAAAGAAAUGGCCAAUUCGUCGAAAUAGAAAAAUAUGCGUACUUCAAGUUUGUUCGGGUCGUAUGAUGCCCAUUGAAUGAAUGAAAGUGAAAAAUUAAAAAGAGAUGACCUGCCAAAGGGUGUGAAAACAGUCAAUUAAUAUUUCAACCCAUUUGUAUGAAAAAAUAAGUGGAAUGAGAGCAUGAUAUGACAAAAAAGUGUGAUUCAAGUUUUAAUAUUGGUUUUCUUCUUCUUCUUCUUUUAAAUUUAACCGAAUUAACUGUUAUUUCACCAAAAAUAAGAUGAACUCGCCGAAAACCACAUAUAAAAUCACUUAAAUUACAAUCUUAAUGAUUUUUUAUAUUCUUCGAUCUUAAUGCACCAUGUAGAUAUAUUUAAAAAUGCAAAAUAAAGAUAAAUGGAAGGUCAGCGAUUUAGAAAUAUGAAUGGUAUUUGUAAUAAAGUAGUCAAGUCAAAUUAGAUCGCUCAGUUAUAUGUGCGUUUUUAAUUUUGAUGUGUCAUACUCUGUGUUGUGAUUUUUCAUAAAAACUUACAUAAAAAACAACAACAACAAAACCAUGUAAAUAUGCAUCAAAAAGCAUUAUAACAGAAAAAAACUAUAUGUAGCUCAAGUGUAAAUACUAUCUAUUUAUGUCAACGACAUCUUGCACAUAAGCAUCUUGUUUUUGGACAAUGUUGGUAAAAGUAAACCAAACAAUAAAUCGAUUAAAAGACAUUCUCUUUUGAUAAUUUAAGUAAAAAAUUUACACAAUGAAUGUUUUUAAUGUGUGGUCAUGUUAAAAUGCAACUAAAAAUAUGUUUAUACUUUAUUUUUAACGAUGUUCGAAUCGAAAUGUUAUUCUCAUUAUUUUCGAUUUAGUUUAUAUAUCCUUUUGCGCAUAUUCUUUCCUUGAUCCCCUUUUCCUACCUCUCCUACAAGACGUAGUAACUGAUGAAAAAAUAAAAUUAUAUUUAAUUAAAGAGAAUUAUAAAAGUCCUUAUAGACAUAUCAAUUUACAAAUAAAAAAAAAAAACAAACAAACUAUUUCUAAUUUUAACAAUAUUGUGAAAGACACACACUUAAGUUUACCAAAUACAAGAGGAAAUAUGAAGUGAAAAAUAAAUAAACAAAUGAAUUACUAUAGUAGAAUUUAUGCAACAAAAAAUAAAAAAUACGUUUUCCCGUAGAUUUUCUUCCAUGAAUCAAAUUUAAACUAAAACCAAAGCAAAAACAAUAAAAAAAAUAAAAAAUAAAACAUUUUACCUGUAGCAAAAUAGUGCAAUAAAGUGUCCAAGUAAUCCGAGUCCGAAAUCCAGAACAGAACAUAUUUGAAUCGAUUUUCUUUCCCAAAUUUUCUUCGGUCAAAUUUUGAUUUUCGUUUCAAAGAGAACGUUAUUUAUUGCCCGCUAAAAGUCCAUAAUUUGAUUUUUGAAUUUUUUUCAUAGCACCCGCUGUAAAGAAAAAUAGAAUAAACGGAAAUAUGUAUAGAAAACAUUUUUUUUUUUGGAAAACUUAUAAACAAAAUCCCAAAAAACCUUUAACGGAUAUGUUUGUUUUGAUUUUCUCAUCAACGUUGGUGAUAGAGUAAAAUGAACAAAUUUUGGAAUUGAUAUUCUCAGAUACAUAAGAAAAACGCAAAGAUGACAAAUGAAAUAUGUUUGUGCAUAAUUUUAAUGGCACUAAUGUCAAACAUUACCGAAGUCACUGUCCGGCAAAUUCGAAAGUGUCAUUUCGGUAAUUUUCACUUUUAUUCUCAGUGAAUCAUUUGUUAGCCAUUUUGUAGUUAGUGAAAAUUUAAUAGAGCGUGCUAACAACUCCAGAAUAUUAACCAUUACACACUUGCGUAUUGUCACAAUUCUGAACUUUAAAAAAAUAUACCGAGAUGUUGCAAUCCGAAAAUGAUAGGUGCAAAUUUCUAUGUUUUGAGUUUAAGCAAUUUUGAGUAUUUUCGAGAGAGAAAAAAAAACACAAAAAACAUACAUAACCGAAAAACAAACAAUACAACGAAAGCAAUGUCGCACUCUCACCGGAAAGAUAACAAUAAUGAUGACGAUUAUGAACAUGUAAAGGCGAACACUUGGAGUACACAAACAAAGAAAAAAAAAACAAAUGGAUAAUUGCAUAAAACAAAAAUAUUUUACUUGACCAAAAGUAAAUUUAAAAUGUAAAAAAAGUUUGAAAUGCAUGUAGAUAUUAUAUGAUUAAGUAUUUACUACAUCGUUUAAAAAUCUCAUAAACUAUGAGCAAUCUUGACUGUCUGAUUUUUAAUUUUCUUUCAAAGAGAAAAAAAAAAUGAAAACGUAUUUCUUCCAAAUGCAAACAUUUGCGUACUUGAAUGCAAUAACAUUUUAAACAAAACAUAAAAAUAAAGUAAAUCUUCAUAUGGCCUAAGAAUCUUUCAUUUCUAUUGCUUCGACGCUCUCAUCAAUCACAUUUCAUGAAAACAUCAAGAUAAAAAAAAAUUACUCAUUUCGUAAUCGUUCAUUUCAUAUUUAUGUUUCCUUUCAAACAAACAAACAAAAAAAUCACACACACACACACACACAAAUCAAUCAACUUUGAACGGCCAAAUUUUCAUUUUGACAAUCUAUUUUUAUACAGAAAUGUAAAAAAAGAUAAAGAUACUUCUCAUUCGACUGAAAGUUGUUUUAAAACGAUAUUGUGACGUGUAAUAAUUUGAUCACAUAAACUUAUCAAACAAAGAGUUUGGUUGAUUUGGUGGCUUCCUUCAAAAAAACGUUUCGUUUUUCCUGUCGUUAGAAUAAAAUUGAACCAGUUUUCGAUUGAGACAUAAUGUAGAAAUUGUACAAUGAGAAUGUAUGCGUUCGAUGUAUUCAAAUUCAUGUAGAAAUAAAUGUAGAAGAUUCUUAUGUAGGCUAAAUAGUGUUCUGGGUAUUUAAAUAAGUUCUCAUCGCAUUCGAUUUUUCUUUGAACAUUUUCAUCGGAUAAUUUUCGUUUUCAUUUUCAAAAAGGCCACCUCAUAUUAGUGACUAUGACAAAUGCCUUACUUAACUUACAAUUUUGUUGUUAAUUUUGUCGAAUUUUUCAUUUACGAUCUAUAUAUGUAAAAAAGCAUCUGGAUUUCAGUUUAAUGUUACAUUACUUGCUGAAAGAAUCAAAAUAUUAUAAAAAAUACGCUCAAAUACACAUACACACACACUGUCAAUUAAAUUUGGAGUCUUUCUCUAAAAAGGAUGAUGCAAAACAUCUUGUGAUAAUGAUGGGCAAUUCGAUGUCCUAUGUGUAAUAUUGUCAAAUGUACAAAAAUCUGGAUAAUUGAAAACACAAACAUUUUUUUUUGUCAAAUCGUAUGAAAAAAAAAAAACACAAAUGACUGCUUUUAUAAUUGUAACAUGUUUUAACCGGUAGAUUUUUGGUGUCCACUUGAUCUGCAGCUAUCAUGAAAUGAUCGAAAAGUAUACUGCUCUUCGGUUCAAUGGAACGAAAUAAUUUUUCAAGAUACUGAAAUUUAACAGAAUAUGUUCCUUGACUUGAAGAGUAAGAAAAAAUGAAUUGUUUCCACAAUCUACAAUCGAAUAAAAGCGCAAUGACAUAUUUGCUCAAUUCAUAUUCUUUCAAUAUUUAUCCUGUUUCAUCUGAACUCCAGCAAAGAAAGCAUAACAUUUUCUAUUGAAUAUCAGCCGUAAAACGGUUGAAUGAAAAAUAUGUCUUAGCAAAAGCAUUCAAAUCAAUUUCUUCCAUUAUAUACCUAGAACUCUACGUAUUGUAUAUUCAAUUGGCGUUGAUCAUUUUCACACGAAAUAAAAAUUCAUUGGAUUAUUCUAUUUUUUUCGUGCGGAAUGUAUUUUGAUUAUGAGAUUAAAGAUGAAACAAAUUGCACUGAACUAUAAAAAGUAUAAUAAUAAUAAUAAAAUAAUAAUAGUAAUAAAAUAAUAAUUUCACCACCAUUUGAAAAUAAUGGAUGAAAUAAUCGUUUAUAGUAAAUCAUUGUUAGAAUUUAAGGAUUAAAUCGAAUGUCACUUAAAGAAUACUUUUACUAAAUGUUUUCUCACCUCUCAUCAUAAAAAAAACACAACAAAUGACAAAUGUUACCUAGUAUGGUUUGUAACCAAGUCAAAGUUCGAUAAUGUGGUCACUUGAAAGAUUUAGAUUUUUAUCAUUCAGUUUCCUUUAUAACUUCAAAAUGAACAUCAACUGUGAUUAACACUUGAUGCCAUUUGGAUUAAACCUGAACACCAUUUUCCACACUCAGUUCUAGUUAGUUAAUUGUUCAUUUCUCGCAUAUAAUAUAGAAUUUUGGAAGACGUAUAAUAUCCUUUCCACCUCCAAAAAAUUGAUGAAUUCUCGUUUAUGUUUUAAUUGAUAAAACCAAAGAAAAAGCAGCCAAAAAUUCCGUAUUUCUUUAAUAUAUGAAAUUUAUAAUCUUCAAAUGGUGCAUAAACUACGUAAUUUUAUUAAUCAAAUAUAUGAAAGAGAAACGAGUUUUGAAUACUUAUACACUUUAACCACCGUUAUUGGUGCGACUAGGUUUUAAUAAUUAUACAUACACACAUAUUUGUGUUAAUAAGUAUAAUUGAUACAAACAAAUGAUGUACUAAAGAAAUCAAAGCUCAUCAAUUCAAUAUAAGCUCAGACAUCACACAUUACAAAACAAUUCCAAAGUUGAACAAUUUUUCUAGCUUAACAACAACAAGAGAAAAAUAAAACACACAAAGAGAAAGCCUCACAUAAUCUACGUUUUCUGUACGCCAUAAAAGAAGAACUCGUGUCCGAGUUUUUUCGCGAUCCAAGUACCCGAAACAAUGAAUAAUAAUAAUAAUAAUAACAACAGCCAACUAA